AUGUCGCGGCGCCGGGCGCUCCUCGCCAUCCUCCUCGCCGUCGUCGCCGCCUCCGCUUCCUCGGCGCCCCAGCCCCCGCCUUGCAGCCGCUCGUGCGCGGCCCUCAACUGCGACUCCGUUGGGAUCCGCUACGGCAAGUACUGCGGCGUGGGCUGGAGCGGCUGCGACGGCGAGGAGCCCUGCGACGACCUCGACGCCUGCUGCCGCGACCACGACAGCUGCGUCGAGAAGAAAGGUAUGAUGAGCGUGAAAUGCCAUGAGAAGUUCAAAAACUGCAUGAGGAAAGUGAAAAAGGCAGGCAAGGUUGGCUUCUCCAAGAAAUGCCCGUAUGAGUUGGCUAUGGCGACAAUGACUCAAGGGAUGGAUAUGGCCAUCAUGCUCAGCCAGUUGGGCAGCCAGAAGGUGGAACUCUAG